UUCAUGGGGGAAACAAAUUGUUAAGAAAUCGAGCGAUAGUUACAGUGCUGGUACACGAGAGUGGGGACAAUUACUUGUCAAUAAAAGUAUUGUUGGGAGGGAGAAAAAAACGCCGGGGUCUGAAAGAUUAAUGAGUGCGAUAAGGAUUCGACGAGAGAGUCAGUGUGCCAGGCAACGAGAUCUAAUCAGCCGUCCAUGGAAAGUUGCAGGAACUCACUGCCCGAAAUCGCAAGGAGAAUGAUUUCGCGAUAAAUAUGGCAACUCGUAAUGGUUCAACUUGAAUUUAUGUUGGGUUUGACACUGAGUUUCGAGAUUUUCUCUCGUCGUGUUUAAUUGGGAAUAAUAAGCACAUCGGAUGAAGAUAAUGGAAGGAGCUCCGAGGCAGAUCAGCGUAGCUCUACCAAGUAUGAACAGUCCUCGAGCAGCAGUGGCGCGACAGAGUGUCCAGACAGCGCUCAAUCGAUCCAUUCCCGCACAGGGACAGGGAUUAGAAGACUUCACCAAACCAAAUUCCCGGACCAGCAAGAGGAUACCCUCCCCGAGAAUGGUCAGAACUGCACCUAAUGUCAAUCCAAGUGCUGCCACAAAUGAAUUUGUCGGGAGAACAAGGACAGGGCCGAGUCGGCAACCGGCAAAGACCAAUGUUGUGGACUUUGGAGGGAUCCCCCUGCACCCUCGGGAGAGAAUGAAUGUCCGGGGAAUUGAUGGCUUUUAUCCUCCACUCCGGAUGAAGUCGGGAACGGGAACGGGAAAAUUCGCAGUGUCCGAGCCGGUGUCGACAGCAUGGGGACCAAAAUUUGGCCCACAGGAAACCGACCUGUCGUCACCAUCAUCAACGUCAUUGCAGCAAUACAACAUAGAACUCUCGCCCAAUCAAUCCGAUCUGGGGCCCGACAGCAUACCAAACUCGAAUCCCAAUACAAACUGGUUACAAAAACGAAAUAAUGAACAAUCAAACAACGCUGUUAACAACUCUUCCUUACAAGGUAACACUGCCAAAACUUCUCCUCGGAAUACAUACCACACCUCUCCGUCCCCUGAAGUGACCGGACUUCAACAACGCAAGAAGCCUGAUGCGGCCUGGGUGAGGGCUUUCAAGGUCAAACAGCAUCGCAACAACCGCUACAAGGAGAUGGAGACGGGGGCGAAACCGACGUCGAGCUUCGAAGAUGGAAAUCGGAAAUGGGGUUUGCCUGACUGAAAUGGACCCACAGUGACUGAUCAUAUUAUUUAAAAGAAAAAUCUUGCAUGCCUCAGAUUUGUACAACAGGAAGUAUCAAGAUCAGGAAAGCAGGAUUCCAUGAAACAAAUAUAGUGAUUUUUUUUACUGACUAUUUGUUAUAAGCUACUGAAAUUCUUGCAUCUGAUUGGCUGUGAGAAAAUAAGUCAGUUGACUCAUUGACAAAACUUUUGAUGAAAAACCUUCCUGAAAGUGAUGAAAGAAAAUUUCAGAUUUCUGACAAAAUAACAAAAUAAACUUGUUUUUAGAAAGGAUGCUAGACUGUUUUUCGUUACCUAUAUACAUGGUUAAGAAGAGGGAACGAGAGACUCCUUGUUAUACGGCAACAGUCAAUGUUCGUUUCUUAAAAAUCAAUAUAAUUUACUGAUUAUAGGGAGUAUAUAGGUAGUAAACCGUUGAUAUAGAUUUAGUACACGGUUAGGCUAUUUAGUAGCAAUAAAUCUGAAGGUAUAUAGGCAGCUGCAGUAGUUAUGCUACAAUUAAAAUGAUAUCUAUUUUUUGUGGGGGUUCUAUUUUUAGUUUGAUUUCGUCUUGAUAAGUAAUAUUCAGAAUAAAGUAUUUACAUUAACAUUCAUAAAAACAGUAAAAUAAUAAAAAAUUAUAAUAUUCCAGGUCUCAUCAAAUUCAGAAGUUUUUCUAAAAAUGACUAUUUCGAUACAUGUACAAUUUAAAUAGAAAUAUUUUAAGUUAUCUUUGUUUCAUGAGUAGAAGUCACCUAUUCAAAGGAGCCAAGUUAGAAAGAGCAUUUUUCAUUGUGUUGUGAGUCGGUUUUUUUUUAAUGAAUGUUUGUGUUUGUAACACAUAUUAAAGGAAACCAAAACCCAAGAGGAGAAGCAAUCG